GGUAUUUAGACAAAGAUGGUGGUUAGACGAUGAGAGUUUCACGUUAUCGACCGGUUGUUUACGUGCAGUUGUUCUUUUUAUUUGUCGAYAUUUUUAUAAAUUCCUUCGGAGAACUCUUUAGGACAGCAGAUGUAGUACUUUUGGUUUUAUAUAUUAUCCAAGAUGUGUGUAUUAUUCUAGCCAUUAUUGUAGUUUUCCUGUUAUUCUUCAAUACAUAUGUAUUCCAAGCUGGUCUUGUAUCAUUGCUGAUAAGAAAAUUCAAGACGACUAUUAUUAUAGCAGUUGUAUAUCUGGCUUUAUCUGUAGGCCUCCAUGUCUGGACAAUGACCAAGAAGUGGGGAGAUCCACAGAGAUUUGUCUGGAAUGAAGCACUUCAGGCCCUGUUUGUCUUCCAACGAGUUGGUGCUGUUCUGUACUACUACUUCUAUAAAAGGACUUCAUUACGAUUAGGAGAUCCCAGAUUUUACAAAGAUACAGAGUGGUUAAGACAGGAGUUUGCAAGAACACAUUAAAACAAUACAURAAAAACAUAGACAACUCACCAUAUUGCUGUCAUGRUACAGACAUCAUGAAAAACCAAGCUAAGGAUGCUGCGAUARACUACAACAUGAAUCAGUGCUAUAACUGCACAAGUUUGAUGGACUGUUUGAUCAAACUUCCUUUAGGCAUCAAAUGUACAUUUUAUUUAUAAGAACUUCUUAUACUCUACUUCUUAUGCUCUCAUCUUUCUCCUCUUAUUCUUUAUACUAUAAUUAUUAAUAUGAGCAAAUGUACAGUGCUUUACUAUCUUUAGUACCAUUUUUUGCUUAGAUUGUAUAGCUUAUUGCUUCUGCAAAUAGUAAAUAGAAUAUGGAUUUAUUUGGUGCUAUGUUCAGCUAUGAGUUAGUAAACAAGAAGCAUAUAUUUUGAUAUUGCUCCUUUAAUACUAAUUGAUAUUUCUAGGAAAAAUUCAAUUCAAAUAGAAUAGAGUGAACGCAUUAAAUCUGUGAAAUUGUAAAGCAAAAGAGCACAAAAUUSCACUAAAUCUGCCAUUGAAGCAGAAUUGCCUUUGAAUCACCAUAAUUGUUCCUGAUCAAGACACCAUUUUCUAAUUGUGGUACAAAGUACAAAGUGGUUAAUUAAAUUUCAUGGUUAAGUGCGUCCACUCUGCACUUGAUAACUUAUUGUAAAAACUGAAUAUGCAAGCCGUUGUUGAGUUCUGUACAAUAAAGUUUAAUAAAAGACUGGUUCUUAUUGAAG